AUGUCUUCUCCAGGGCGAGUCCGAGUUCGUGGCAUCGGAGGAGGCCACAAGCAGCUCUAUCGCAUGAUUGACUUCCAGAGGUUGAACUAUGAGCCUGGCAGAGAGAACCAACCUUUCCAGGAGAAAGUGAUUCAAGUGCGCUAUGAUCCUUUAAGGUCUGCAGACAUUGCACUUGUAGCUGGAGGAAAGAGAAAGAGAUGGAUCGUUGCUACAGAGAACAUGCAGGAGGGUGAUCUUAUAACAUCAUCUGGGGUCAUUGGUCGCAUGGCAGUGUCGGCACAGGAGGGGGAUGCACAUCCACUGGGGGCACUGCCUGUGGGAACCCUUAUCAAUAACCUGGAAGUUAUUCCUGGCAGAGGGGCUCAGUACAUAAGAGCAGCAGGGACUUGCGGAGUGUUACUCAGGAAAGUGAAUGGUACGGCCAUUGUUCAGUUGCCAUCCAAAAGACAAGUUCAGGUUUUGGAAACCUGUGUUGCCACCGUUGGUCGAGUGUCUAAUGUUGAUCAUAACAAGCGUAUCAUAGGAAAGGCGGGCCGGAACCGCUGGCUAGGUAUCCGACCUUCUAGUGGUCUUUGGAAGAGGAAGGGGGGCUGGGCAGGGCGCAAGAUUAAACCACUGCCUGCACUGAAGAGUUAUGUAAAGCUGCCCAGCUCUGCUCCUGCUCUGCGUACCUAAUAUGUAUGAUGUGAUCAUCCAGGACAUUGAAACAUCCAGAAUUCACCUCCCGAGGGGUCUGUCAAAACAGUAAUAAAAAGCUGAUCCUGUCUGUUUGCUCCGGACAUUACCCAGCGUGAGACUGUUCGGCACAAGUGCUGAAUACACUGUAGGACACUGGUGUAUUGGUGCUAAUUUUGCUGAUGUGGACACAUUGUUCCCACUUUGUGUAGACAUGUUGCUUUCUUCUUUGUAAGCCAACGUCACACAUGGUACUAACACAAUAUAUUUGUCAUGGUGAAGCACAUUAGAAAUUAUUUUCACAUUUUCUUUUGAAAUUAUUGUACUUUGUCAUUGAUCAAUGUUUUGACAUUUAUUUAAAGUGGCACGGCAGUAAAACACAAGUAAAAUCA